AUGGGUAUUCCAAAAUUUUUCAGGUACAUCUCAGAGAGAUGGCCCAUGAUUUUACAACUUAUUGAAGGAACACAGAUUCCUGAGUUUGAUAACUUAUACCUGGAUAUGAAUUCGAUUUUACAUAAUUGUACGCAUGGUAACGACGACGAUGUGACCAAGCGGUUAACUGAAGAGGAGGUCUUUGCCAAAAUCUGUACGUACAUCGAUCAUCUUUUUCAGACAAUUAAGCCCAAGAAGAUCUUUUACAUGGCUAUUGAUGGUGUGGCCCCUCGUGCGAAGAUGAAUCAACAAAGAGCUCGUAGGUUCAGAACCGCUAUGGAUGCAGAAAAAGCUUUGAAAAAGGCCAUUGAGAAUGGUGAUGAGAUUCCCAAGGGCGAGCCAUUUGAUUCGAAUUCUAUUACUCCAGGCACGGAGUUUAUGGCCAAAUUGACCAAAAACUUACAAUAUUUUAUUCAUGAUAAGAUUUCUAACGACUCCAAAUGGAGAGAAGUGCAGAUUAUAUUUUCCGGCCAUGAAGUUCCAGGUGAAGGUGAACACAAAAUCAUGAACUUUAUAAGGCAUUUAAAAUCCCAAAAGGAUUUCAAUCAGAAUACGAGACAUUGUAUCUACGGCCUUGACGCGGAUUUGAUUAUGUUGGGUUUAUCUACUCAUGGGCCUCAUUUUGCUUUGUUAAGAGAAGAAGUCACAUUUGGUAGAAGAAAUAGUGAAAAAAAAUCGCUCGAACACCAGAAUUUCUACUUAUUGCAUCUUUCUUUAUUAAGAGAAUACAUGGAGUUGGAAUUCAAAGAAAUUGCAGAUGAAAUGCAAUUUGAAUAUGAUUUUGAACGUAUUUUGGAUGAUUUUAUUCUUGUCAUGUUCGUCAUUGGUAAUGAUUUUUUGCCCAAUUUGCCAGAUUUGCAUCUAAACAAAGGGGCGUUUCCCGUUUUGUUACAAACGUUUAAAGAAGCUCUCUUACAUACCGAUGGCUACAUUAAUGAGCAUGGUAAAAUAAAUUUAAAGAGAUUAGGUGUCUGGUUGGAUUAUUUAUCUCAAUUUGAACUAUUAAAUUUUGAAAGGGAUGAUAUAGAUGUUGAGUGGUUCAACAAGCAAUUAGAAAAUAUUUCUUUAGAAGGUGAAAGGAAAAGACAAAGAGUUGGUAAAAAAUUAUUGGUAAAACAACAAAAGAAGUUAAUCGGAAGUAUAAAGCCAUGGUUAAUGGAGCAAUUACAGGAGAAAUUAUCGCCUGAUUUACCAGAUGAAAAAAUUCCAACUUUAGAGUUACCUAAGGACUUAGACAUGAAAGAUCAUCUAGAGUUUUUAAAAGAAUUCGCUUUCGAUUUGGGUCUUUUCAUAACGCGUUCCAAAUCCAAAAAUAGUUAUUCCCUAAAAAUGGAUCUUGAUUCUAUUAACCCUGACGAGACAGAAGAAGAAUUUCAAAAUCGUGUUAAUUCUAUUAGGAAAACAAUAAAAAAAUACCAAAAUGCUAUCAUUGUGGAGGAUAAAGAAGAAUUAGAGUCCGAAAAAACCAUUUACAAUGAAAGGUUUGAACAUUGGAAGCAUGGAUAUUAUCACGACAAAUUAAAAUUUACCACAAAUAGUGAAGAAAAAGUGAUAGAUCUUGCUAAGGACUACGUUGAAGGUUUACAAUGGGUUCUAUAUUAUUAUUACAGAGGAUGCCCAUCUUGGUCGUGGUAUUAUCCACACCAUUAUGCACCAAGAAUCUCUGACUUAGUCAAAGGUUUGGAUCAAGAUAUUGAAUUUGAUUUAAGCAAACCAUUUACUCCAUUUCAGCAAUUAAUGGCUGUUUUACCAGAAAGAUCCAAAAAUCUGAUACCUCCAGCUUUUAGGCCAUUAAUGUACGAUGAACAAUCACCAAUUCACGAUUUCUACCCAGCUGAGGUCCAACUUGAUAAAAACGGCAAGACGGCUGAUUGGGAAGCGGUUGUCUUGAUAUCAUUUGUGGAUGAAAAAAGGUUGAUUGAGGCUAUGCAACCUUAUUUGUCCAAGUUGUCACCUGAAGAAAAAACGAGGAAUCAAUUUGGUAAGGACUUGAUAUACUCGUUUAAUCCUCAAGUUGAUAAUAUUUAUAAGAGUCCGUUGGGCGGCAUUUUUUCUGAUAUAGAACACAACCAUUGUGUCGAAAAAGAGUACAUCACCAUCCCAUUGGACAGUUCCGAGAUCCGAUAUGGUUUAUUACCUGAUGCUAAACUCGGCGCCGAAAUGCUAGCCGGUUUUCCCACGUUACUGUCUUUACCAUUUACUAGUUCACUGGAGUACAAUGAAACAAUGGUCUUCCAACAACCCUCUAAACAACAAUCAAUGGUUUUACAAGUAACUGAUAUAUAUAAAACUAAUAACAUUACUUUGGAGGACUUUUCGAAGAGGCAUUUGAACAAAGUGAUUUAUACAAGAUGGCCAUAUUUGAGAGAAUCCAAAUUGGUCUCUUUGACGGAUGGUAAGACUAUCUAUGAAUAUCAGGAAUCCAAUGAUAAGAAAAACAUCAGAUUUGUAACAAAACCUGCUGAUACUCAGGACAAAAAACUAUUCAAUAGUUUGAAGAAUUCAAUGCUAAGGAUGUUUGCUAAACAGAAAGCUGUUAAAUUGGGGCCUGUAGAAGCUAUUGCUACUGUCUUCCCUGUGACUGGUUUGGUGAGAAAUUCUGAUGGUGGUUAUAUUAAGACCUUUAGUUCCACUCCAGAUCACUAUCCGUUGCAACUAGUUGUUGAAUCUGUUGUCAACGAAGAUGAAAGAUACAAAGAAAGAGGGCCUAUUCCUAUCGAAGAGGAAUUCCCAUUGAAUUCAAAAGUCAUUUUCUUGGGUGAUUAUGCCUAUGGCGGUGAAACCACUAUUGAUGGUUACAGUAGUGACCGCAGGCUGAAGAUUACUGUAGAAAAGAAGUUUUUGGAUAGUGAACCCACUAUUGGCAAAGAAAGGUUACAAAUUGAUCAUCAAGCGGUUAAAUAUUACCCAUCUUAUAUUGUGUCUAAGAACAUGCACCUACAUCCCUUGUUUUUGUCCAAGAUUACUUCCAAGUUCAUGAUUACUGACGCUACCGGUAAACACAUUAAUGUUGGUAUCCCCGUCAAGUUCGAAGCGAGACACCAAAAGGUUUUGGGUUACGCAAGGAGAAAUCCAAGAGGCUGGGAAUAUUCAAAUUUAACUAUAAAUGUAUUGAAAGAGUACAGACAGACUUUCCCAGAUUUUUUUUUCCGGUUGUCAAAGGUAGGUAAUGACAUCCCAGUUUUGGAAGACCUUUUCCCAAACACCUCCACUAAGGAUGCCAUGAAUUCAUUAGAUGGUAUCAAACAAUGGCUAAAGUAUGUCUCAUCGAAGUUUAUCGCGGUAUCUUUGGAGUCUGACUCCCUAACUAAGACAUCGAUUGCGGCUGUGGAAGAUCAUAUCAUGAAAUAUGCAGCUAACAUUCAAGGUCAUGAAAGAAAACAGUUAGCCAAAGUUCCUCGCGAGGCUGUUUUGAAUCCAAGAUCAUCAUUUGCACUCUUGCGUAGUCAAAAGUUCGAUUUAGGUGACCGUGUUGUUUACAUCCAGGAUUCUGGUAAGGUACCAAUUUUCUCAAAGGGUACUGUUGUUGGUUACACCACUCUCAGUUCAUCAUUAUCAAUUCAAGUCUUAUUUGAUCAUGAAAUCGUGGCUGGUAAUAACUUUGGCGGUAGAUUACGCACGAAUAGAGGGUUAGGCCUUGAUGCCUCUUUCUUGUUGAACAUUACCAACAGACAAUUCAUUUAUCAUUCUAAGGCUUCCAAGAAGGCGUUGGAAAAGAAAAAACAAUCUCAUAAUAGGAAUAAUAAUACCAAAGCUGCUCAUAAAACUCCGUCAAAGCAGCAAUCUGAAGAAAAGCUUAGGAAAGAAAGAGCGCAUGAUUUAUUGAAUUUCAUCAAAAAGGAUACCAAUGAAAAGAAUUCAGAAGAUGUAAACAAUAAAAACGAGGUGCCCAAAAAAGAUGUCAAACCUGUCAAGAAAACCUUGUUAAAAAGGCCAGCUCAGAAAAGUAGUGAAAACCUGCAAGUUGAUGUGACCAAUUCUGAGAAAGCGCCACUAAAUAAUCCAACUGUUGCCGGCUCUAUUUUCAAUGCCGUAGCAAAUCAAUAUUCUGAUGGCGUUGGCAAUAAUUUGAAUAUUCCACCUCCACCUCAUCCAAUGAAUGUGGUUGGAGGACCCAUUCCUGGAGUCAGUGAUGUUGCAGACGUUGGUUUGCCGUACAAUAUUCCCCCAGGUUUUAUUGCCCAUCCUAAUGGUCUUCACCCACUACAUCCUCACCAAAUGCCUUAUCCUAAUAUGAAUGGAAUAUCUAUUCCACCACCACCACAUGGAUUUGGCCAACCGAUUCCCUUCCCACCUCCACCUCCUAUGACAAAUCUUCCAGAUCAAGGAAGUCAUAUUGUUGUCAAUGAAAAGGAAAGCCAAGAUUUGAAAAAAUUCAUCAAUGGUGCAAAUGUUGGGGAAAACGCUAAGAGCAGUAGAAAAACCGAGAGUAAAACCCGUUCUGGCACAAACUCUACCGAAUGUCAAUCGCCAAGGUCAGGAAGCAAUGCUGCUGAACGUGAUAAUAAGAAGAACGAAUCUAGUUAA